CUGUGAACAUUUACUAAAAUAAUUGCAUUUCCAUGUUGUGUGUACUGUGGGAGACCAGAUAUAGUGAAUGCAGGGUCCGGGGGAGACCAGAUAUAGUGAAUGCAGGGUCUGGGGAGACCAGAUAUAGUGAAUGCAGGGUCCGGGGAGACCAGAUAUAGUGAAUGCAGGGUCCGGGGAGACCAGAUAUAGUGAAUGCAGGGUCCGGGGAGACCAGAUAUAGUGAAUGCAGGGUCCGGGGAGACCAGAUAUAGUGAAUGCAGGGUCCGGGGAGACCUGAUAUAGUGAAUGCAGGGUCCGGGGAGACCGGAUAUAGUGAAUGCAGGGGUCUGAGGAGACCAGAUAUAGUGAAUGCAGGGUCCGGGGAGACCAGAUAUAGUGAAUGCAGGGUCCUGGGGAGACCAGAUAUAGUGAAUACAGGAUCCUGGGAGACCAGAUAUAGUGAAUGCAGAGUCCGGGGA